UUCAUCAAACCCUUUUCUUUCUCUCUUCUUCAAUCAAAAACCCCCUUUACACCCUCCAUUGUUGAAGUGAAGGGUUCAGACUCAAUUGUUGAUACUCACAGAAACAGUUAAUGAAAUGUCACAAAUGAUUGACCAAACACCCUCAACGCCAGGGAAGCUGAAGCCUGAAAAAUCUCACUACAUUCACAAUCGCUUCAGAGUCCAUUCUUCUCUCUCCAAGCUCACUCUCUGGUCCUCACUCUUCCUCGCUAUCAUUCUCUUCUUUUUCAUCCUUUCCCCUCCCACCGCCGCCCCCUCCGCCUCUCCCCGCCGCGCCCUCGGUGACUCAUGGGGCGGCUCUUAUUGGGAAAAGCGCGUCACUAAAUCGGCGCGGAGGAACUCCGCCUCCGGACUCACCGUCCUCGUCACCGGCGCCUCCGGAUUCGUCGGCACGCACGUCUCCCUCGCCUUGAAGCGCCGCGGCGAUGGCGUCCUCGGCCUCGACAACUUCAACAGGUACUACGACCCUAACCUCAAGCGCGCUCGCCAGAAGCUCCUCGAACGCGCCGGCGUCUUCGUCGUCGACGGCGACAUCAACGACGCCGCGCUCCUCCGGAAGCUCUUCGACGUGGUGCCGUUCACCCACGUGAUGCACCUCGCGGCGCAGGCUGGGGUCCGCUACGCUAUGCAGAACCCUGGAUCCUAUGUGCACAGCAACAUCGCAGGGUUCGUGAGCCUUCUCGAAGCGUGCAAAUCGGCGAACCCACAACCCGCCAUUGUUUGGGCUUCGUCGAGCUCAGUUUACGGGCUCAAUUCGAAGGUGCCGUUCUCGGAGAAAGACCGAACGGAUCAACCGGCGAGCCUGUACGCGGCGACGAAAAAAGCUGGUGAGGAAAUCGCUCAUACCUAUAACCAUAUCUAUGGUCUUUCGAUCACUGGGUUGAGAUUCUUCACGGUUUAUGGCCCGUGGGGAAGACCUGACAUGGCGUAUUUCUUCUUCACGAAGGAUAUUCUGAAGGGGAAGCAGAUUACGAUCUUUGAGGCACCUGAUGGUGGAACCGUGGCUAGGGAUUUUACCUACAUUGAUGAUGUUGUUAAGGGUUGUUUGGGGGCUUUGGAUACGGCCAAGAAGAGUACUGGUAGUGGUGGCAAGAAGAAGGGUCCUGCGCAAUUGAGGGUUUUUAAUUUGGGGAAUACUUCACCGGUGCCGGUGAGUGAGCUUGUCACCAUAUUGGAGAAGCUUCUGAAAACCAAGGCGAAGAAGAAGAUGCUUCCUAUGCCGAGAAAUGGAGAUGUUAAGUUCACCCAUGCAAAUAUUAGUUUGGCUCACAAGGACCUUGGUUACAGACCUACCACUGAUUUGGAGACAGGGCUCAGGAAAUUUGUGAAGUGGUACCUUGAAUUUUAUUCUGGGUCUAACAAGAGGAGUGCUUGGUGAUUCUUUUAUGUCCUUCCCUUCCCCCUAUUUGUGACUAAUUCACCAUUUUUUUGCAGAGUAUCGGUUUGAAGUUGCUUAUAAUUGAUUGCUGGUUUACAGUUGUAUUUAGGGAUUAGGGAAGAACUAGGCAUCAUUGUCCCUCUUUUUUUCUUCUUUGUAAUUUUGCUUCACUUUCAUAUUCAAUUGUAUGCCUUUUAGGUUAUUCAUUGUACAUUCUUCAAUUGAGACUUGAGAGUUCAAGUUGAUGUUACUUGUUUGUGCACGGUUUUUUAAUUUUCU